UUUCUCUUUGUCUUUCUUUGUCCUGUGAAUGCUAUACAAACUACCUCGAUGAAUGAAAAAAAUGCUGACGCUAUCGAAGUGAAAUGUAGAAACUUUCUUUUGGAACAUAAUAUCAUUGAAAAUCAUGCUGAUAUAAAAAAACGAGAAAAUGUCCUGAACUUAUUACGAUCAUUACUCUCUUCCUUUGUACGUCUGACUGCUAAAGAAAAUGGCAUCAAACGCGAUGACUUUGAAUGUCAACUUUUACCCUUUGGUUCAUAUGGGUUAGGUGGUUAUUUAAAAGACGCGGAUAUUGACGUUGUUUUAUUAGCACCUAUUUCCAUUCGUCGGCGCAACUUUUCCAAUCACUUUUCAAAACUAUUAAAAGGCCAUCCAAGUAUCCGUGAAAUCGAGGUUAUUGAACGAACCAAUGUUCCAAUUAUAAAAUGUGUCAUAGAUUCAAUUAGUAUUGAUAUAUCUUUUGUCCGAUUACGAUUAGCCACUGUUUCUCCUGAUAUCAACCUAUUGGAUGAUUCUUUGUUAAAUGGAUUGGAACAAACAUGUUUACUUAGUACUGAUGGACCACGUGUGAGCCAAUUUAUCCUCAAACAUAUCUAUCCAAACGAUUUACCGACGUUCCGUUUAGCUUUACAAUGCAUCAAAUAUUGGGCAAAUCAACGUUAUAUCUACAACAAACCAAUUGGCUAUUUGAACGGAGGCUCUUGGACAUUAUUACUCCUUCAAGUCUAUUUUACAAAAAGAGCUCAAUUCGAUUCAUCAUCACCAAAUAUGACUAUGGAAUUUCCACCACAACAGCAACGUCAGUCACCAUUUCAUUAUUCAUCGCCUCCAUCUUCUCCAACUUCCAUCUUGUCAUCAUCAUCUCUAUCAGCAUCAUCAUCAUCAUCUCAAGAAACAAGUUCUAUUAUCUCUCCUUCUCGAACUGUCUCCUUUAUAUCACUAUUGGAAAGUUUCUUUGAGAUUUGGUCGACUUGGCCCUGGCCUGCUCCUGUUAUUCUUACAAAAUCCAUACCCAAUGUUCCGGGACAACCAACUACUGAAAUAAGUUCGAUUACCACUAUGUCAGAAUUCAAAGAAUCUUUGUUACCCAUUGUCACUCCAUGUUACCCUGUCAGUAGUGCAGCUCCAUGUGUUACAAAAUCAACCUUACGUAUCUUGACAAGAGAACUCCAACGAGCCAACCAGAUUAUCCAUCAUCCCUUUCAUUCUUUAGAAGACAUGUUGAUCAAGUUAUUCAAGCCUUACAAUUUUAUCAAGGAGUAUAGGCAUUUCCUCAAGGUUACUGUCAGUUCUGACGUUAUGAAAAGUCAUGAAAUUUGGGGUAGAAGAAUGACACAUUAUCUCUAUCGAUUGGUGAAACUUGUCGAACAAGCACCUGAAAUCAAGACUGUUCAUCCUUUGACCAAGGUAUAUAAUGAAUCCGUUUCCUAUCGUACAAAAUAUGAGGAGGACUUAUUGAGACAAGGUUAUACCGUGUAUGAUACCGAUACUACUCUACCGUUAUUCCCUGGGAUCUUACAUAUGCAAUACUUUUUGAUUGGUUUGGAAAUUGAUGAAAAUUACGAUUUAGAAGAUGCAACAAUAGAUUUGACAAAUGAAAUAUAUAUGUUUGGUCGAGAAGUAGAAUCCAAGAAGAAUAGUAAGGAUUCAGAUGUGAGUGUUGCCGUAUCUGCCAUUAAAAGACGUGACCUAGCAAAUUUGAUCCAACGCUGUGAAACCAUUUAGUUUAAUGUAAUCUAACAUAGUAUGUUUUAGUAUAGUCUUUAUUUUUUAGUAUAAUAACGUAUUUAACUGGUGUGUAUAUAUGAGGUCCAAAUAAAAAAAAAAGGUAAUUGUCCGUGCGCACUGCUUC